ACUGCAGCUUUUGGUCGUUUACGAAAAUGACAUUAUUGGGUAAAAAAGUUUAAAGGUCUCGUUAUAGAUUACAAAAAACAUCAACAAUUGACUUUGUAUUGUUUCAUUCGUGCGCUCACAAUGUGAAAAUGGAUACUAUGCCUAGAAACCCAAAUCUAAACGGAAAAGUGUGGUUAUAUUUUACUGACAAGUUAGACAAGAGUUCUGUGGUUUAAAUAAACUUGUAUCGAUGCGUGGUUAUAGAUCGGUAAAUGGCUUAGAUAAAGGUUCGAAAAUGGGCCUAUUCGGCUCUAAAGAAGAUAACAAAGAAUCAACUUCAGACGAUGCUACCAAACCAGAUUCACCUGAUCGUUAUGCACCUUAUUCUAUUGACAGUGACUCUGAAACCUAUGAUACCGAAGCUCUAAGCAUUAUGGACAUUAACGAUAUUAUUGGAGUGCAAACUGGACAAGCAGCUGAAUCUACUCUGGAUAGUGAGAUCGCUGCUCUUUCGGAGAUCAUUACCGAUUCUGGAGCUGAAACUAGCUGUAGUACAACUACGGAAAUACCUGGCAAGAAAUUUGAUACUAAAGUGAAUAAGAACACGUUGGAGAAAUUUGCUUCAUCAUCGGCUGGAAUCUCUACAAUAAGUGACACUGUAGAAAGUUACGACAAACACUCACCAUCAAGUAGGACUGUAAAAGAAAUCAUUGAAAAAGAAGAUGUUGACAAAUGUGUAUUCGAGAGCAUUACCUUUCUUGAGAAUGUAAAUAAAAAAGAGUCUUCACAAGAAAUGAUAUCUACAACUAAAUUGAUAGAUAUAUCUUCUACCGUGGAACAGAAUAAUGAGAAUAUUACAACAACCACAGAGUCAGAAAAUAUCGGUACAAGAGAACGUUCAACCCCCUGCACUGAAGAAGUUCAAACAUCAUGUGAUAUUGAAUCCAUGGAAAAAACCACAGCUCUUCUAGAAGAUAAAAAUGUAGAGGAUAGUCAUUUCGAAGCCAGUAGUGUAAUUGGAUCUGAAAAUGCUGCAACAGAAAUGGUGAGCGACCCUAUUUCUAAAGAAGAAUCACAUUCAUCAAGUAACGUAUUAGAAACCGCUACGAUAAAUUUAGACAAUAAAAAAAUGGGAAUGAAUGAGAACAUAAUAAAACAUGAAAAUAUUCCUGUUGUUGCAAAAAGUCAUUCAGAAAAUCAUACUCAUGUAAUACCAGAAGUUGCAGAACCUUUUGUUGAUAGUAAUUUAGAGGAUGAAGAAGCUCAGGCUAUUUCAGAGGAAAAAUCAACACACAUACUAACAAAUGUGGGAAGUAUUUCAAAGAGCUUACAACUCAUUGGAGAAGCUUACAUUUCCGAAGAUUCUCAGGAAGUUGAUGAAACAGAUGAGCCUCCAGCUAGGGAAGUUGCUUCACUUGCAUUAGAUAUUUCCAAGAACCAAACAGUAAUUGUGGAAAAAGCUGACAUACCUCAGCCAGAAGAUAGCUCCGAUAAUGCUUCAACUGAAGAUUUGAUGAGCAAAACACUCAAGUUCGAUGCUACAAAUAAACCUGAGAAUAUAGAUGAAAGAUGCAAUCUGGGUGAUGAGAAGAUUAAACCCAUUGAAGAACCAGAACAAUCUGUUAGUACGAUGAACAUUUUCUCUAAUCUACAAAUCCUCAACGAGAACAAUGACAAAAAUCAAGCAACAAAAUAUAAAUCAACAGAGGUCUUAAAUCUGGAUGACAAAAAUAUGGAUAUGGAGCUUGUUGUAGAAACAUCUCUACCGCCAGCUAGCCCUAUUGUCAAUACCAUUAAUAUAUUAAAGACUCCAAUCGAGGAAGAUACAGCUGCAGAGAAGGAAGAUUCAACUACAAAUGAGGAAGAUUCAGCUGCAAACGAGGAAACGCCUUUGCCCCAAAUUGAACACAUGAAAGAUAGUCCUUUGAAAUUAGAAAUAGAUGUAGCAGAGAUGGAACCAGAAGAAUCAAAUGAUAGCCCUAAAAAACUCGAAGAAAUUAUUGCUGAAGAACCAGAUAUAUCAGAUGAAAAAAGUGUAAAUCCCGAAUCCUGUGAUGAGUUAUCAAAUCCAUGCAUCGAGAACAUUGCACAAGCAAAUUCUUCGAUAAAAAGUAUCGAAAUUCUGGAGACCACAGAAACUUCUGGCAUCGUACCAAUCGACAUGAAUAUUGAAGUCUCAACUGCAACAGAGGCUGACUUGGAUCUCGAAAGCAAAAUUGACAAAGUUGCAGUAGAAGAUUGCAUUGCUCCAAAUACCCAACCUCAAUCCAAUUCUGAAAAUGAUUCAUCUUCACUUAUUGCCAAAUCUGUUAAAGAAGGUCCCAAAUCUCUCAUUCAACCAGUCGAAAGGAGCAGCGAUAUUGAGGUCUCAGAUGUUCCAUCUCCUGCUGCUGACACAUCUGCAUCAGUAAUAUCUCCUGCCGAAGAAGAGCUAGAAAAAAUAUCAGACAAUAUUGAAAAACUACCAAGCAGCACACAAGAAAAUUCAGAAUCAAAUAAUCUGCAUGAUUUGAGUACAGAACAAGAGAGUUUUUUUGUUGAAGAAACUACAGUUGUUGAAGGAGUUGAGACUGAGACUAAAGUCGAUACAGUAGAAAAGAUAAUGGGAGGUCAGGAGUAUGAAGAACAAAUAACAGCCAUGAUACCACCAGCCGAGUCUGCAAGAACCAUAGAAAUUCCACAACUUGAAGAGAAACCAGCAAUAAGUUCAGCUACAAACAUAGUGCAAAUUACAAAUGAAGUGCUUAUUGAAGAGGCAGAAGAUGAAGUACCUCAAACAGAAAAUGCACCAUAUCAGGUAGCUAAUUUGCCAAAUACCGACAAUGAGACAAUUCCUGAUCAUAUGCAGAUCAAUGAACCAGUGGAGGACGAAUCAUUACAUUCAAUGAGCAAGGACGUUUUAGAAGACGAUUUGGGAAACAAAGCGGAUGGUACCACAAAUAUUGUCUUCUUUGAGGUAAAAUCAUCAACCACUCAAAUUUCAGAAUCGACCGAUAUUGAAUCCAAAGGAGAUACCUCAGAUUCCGAAAACCUCAUCAGCACAACACCAGAUGCUGCGCAAGAUGAAUCAAUCAAUACAAAAUUGGGCGAAGAUACUCUGGCGAUUGGUCAACCAACAGGCCUAGGCAAUUUUGGGCUUCACCUAAGUGAAGAGAAUUCCGGUCAAAGGAAAUCUGUUGAACCAGAAAACAUUAGUGCAAUAGAAGAACCUUAUUCCAAAAUCUCAGCAGACCCUGAAGCUUCUGAAAUUGAUGAAACGAAGCUUUUGGUAGAACAAACCUCUAAUACAGCUCUUCAAUUAAGAGAAAUUGAAUCUACUAGCGCAUCCCUUAUUGAUUCAGAAGUGACGCAAACAGAAGAUCCCACCGAUGAACCAAAGAUAUCUAUAGAAGAAGAUGAUAAAAUUCCAAUAGAGUCAAACAUGGAAGAGACCUUAGAAGAAACAAUGAUGGUCAGUGAGACGACAGAACUUGGCAGAGAAGUCAGCUCAACACACAAUCUGCUCGGAGAAGGCUCUAGCCUACAGUCAAAACUUAAUGACGAUGAAUAUAAACUUGAAAUCCAAAACAGUUCCUGUUUUGUUGGAAAAGAUGAAGAUUGGAAUAAUGAUCAGACUGAAAUUAUCCUGAAGACCGAUGAGGCGAAGGCUUUAUCUGAUACUGUAAUAUCACCUACACAAAUCAAUUCUGUAGUUCAGUCUGAGGAUCCAAUAGGUAAAGUUGAUUCACCUGUAACACUCGACGAAUCUGUGCACUCACCUUCACUUGAUAAACUAACAGAGCACCUGCACGAAAUGAAAAGUGACAUACUUGCCAAUUACCCUGAAAAUUUGGCUGAUGGAAUCAGUUAUCCACAAAUUGAAGAAGAAAAUCUGCAAGAUAAAGAGAGUGAAUUACACGUUGUGGAAGACAUUUCAGCUCAGUUAAUUGAAGAACACGAACAUGAGGAGGAAACGUCUGCGAUACGUGAUGGAAAUAAGGGUUCUGAAGUUUUCACUAAUAUUUCAGAGGAGUCUCUUGAAUUGAAGAAAUCACCUGAAAAUCAGCAAAAUAUGCAAGACAACUCAUCAACUUUACCACCUGAAACAGCCACAAUAACAUCAAAUGAUUUGAUGAAAACCAAAUCAGUGGAGGAUGAGGAACAGAUAUCUGUGCCUAUUAAAAAACUGGAAGAAUUAGGUGAUGAGAUUUUAAUUGGUGAAGUAUCGAUAGAAGGUGUAGAACCCUCGGAAGUUCCGAAAACUUUAGAGACAUUACCUGAAAGCCAUUCACCUUCUUCAUCAGUCGUUAGUCCUGAACCAAUAAAAUCAGCAGAGACUGACGAAUUUUCGGAAGUUACAGAGCAGCCUGUGUGCCUCCCAUAUGAUAUAGAUAAAAGCUGUUUUGUUGAAGAUGCAAAUCAAAUACCAAGUGUAUCACAAAGUGCUAAUUUUCCAGUCGAUGUCAUCAUAAGUUCAGCAAAUAUCAAACUCAAAGAUAAUAUAGAAGAUAUGAAUGUCACCAAUGUCACUGUUGAUCAGUUUGUCCAGGAGAAUCAGGUGGAGUUGAUAGAGACCAGCGAAAAUAUAAUCACUGGGGAUACUACGCCCAUAGAUCCAGAUAUCAAAGGUGUAGAUGAAGCAUGUCAGCUAGAAAUUGAUGAAAAUAUUCUUUUAGAUAAAGAUAUUAAAAUAGAUUUGCCGCUAAAACUCACUGAAGAAAAACUGAUUGAAUGCGCCGCAAACGUUGCGGGUGAUGUCAAAAUUGAUCUACCAGAUGAAGUAUUAUUCGAUACUGAUGAUGUGGAACAAACUGAUGUUCUAUGCAGUGUACCUGCGGACAAUGUUGAUACAUCGCAGCAAAGUUCUGAGAUUUCUGAACUUGAAUGUGCUGUUAAAUUUUUACAAGAAUCUGAAGAGCAAACUAUAGAUUCUCCUCUACUUCUUUCACCCAAAGUAACGGAAGAUAUCUUAGGAGACAGUUUGGAACAGAGCAAGCAGUGUCUUUUUUUAUCGGAAACAGAAGUUUGUCAAGAAACAUUGGAUUUGCCAGCAGAAUUAGAAGUGCUUGCUGCUGAUUCAAUAGCCAUAUCAGAAGCAGAAAUUAUUUCUGAAGCAGCUAAAUUAGAAAAUGAACGCAAGCUGAAAAUUGCCGAAGAACUAAACAAGACUCUAGAAACGAAUGUGAAUUUGAAUGUACCUCAGAAUAUUGCUACAGAAAAAAACUCUGAAAUGUUAAAAAGUCUUCUAACUGUAUCGCAGGUACCGAAUUGGCAAAAACAAUCGGAAGAAAAUAUCGCGUCUACCUCCGAAAAUUCUGCAAAACCCCAAAUCCCAACAUUGCUAGAAAAUGUUAUUAGAAAGUCAGAGAAAAUUCCAAAAAUCUCAAUUCUAGAAGAGAGAUUGAAAGAACCUCCCAAAAUUGAAAUACCUGCUCCUGACGUGUCUCCGAGAAUAUCAGAUAUGCCCAUAACUCCCAAAGCAAGUUUGUUGAUUCAAAGGGAUAAUAAGACUGAGGGUAAAAGCAUGUACCAGAAAAUGUUGGAAUCUCCGAAAGGUGCUGACAGAAAUGAGCCAAGAAUUAUGGAUACUCCCAAAAAGGACUCCGAUAAAAGUGAUUUUGAAAAUGUCGGCUCUCCAAGAAUAAUUCUGAAAAUCGCUAAAUCUGCAAUUGCAGAUUGCUCUGAGGCAAGAUCACCUAAAAGUCCGAAAAUACGCUCUGCAGCAAACUCGCCAAAUCCAGAGGAUAGUCCUGGUCAGAAAUUGGGUAAAAUUAAAUUAAAAUUAUCACGAGGUGGUCAUCCUUCAAUCAUUUCAAAUGAAAAUUUUGAAGAAACUACACGACACACAGAACCAAUGCUCUCGCCAUCUCAUAUUGGUAUGAAAAUCAAAUUGUCAAAAAGUGGAGAUGCCUCAAUUAUUCAAACAGAAAAAUGUGACACGGUCGAUGAUAUCAAAGAAAGUAAACAUAAGUUUGACGAAGUUCCAGGGAAAAGAAUUGAAUCGCCAUUAGGCAUGAAAAUCAAGUUGUCGAAAACUGGUGAUCCAUCUAUAGUACAACAUGAAUCUAAAGAUCCAGCAUUAAAACGUAAAAUUGAAGUUGGACAAGAAAUUCCGAAGAGAACAGAUUCUCCCAUCGGAAUGAAGAUCAAGUUAUCUAAAAGUGGCGACGCAUCUAUAAUUCAACCGGAUAAACAAGAAACGUUAGAAGAUACUGUGUUCAAGGAGAAAUUCGAUUUUACCUCCGAGAUACCUAAGCGAACAGAUUCCCCAAUCGGAAUGAAAUUUAAAUUAUCAAAGACUGGUGAUGCAUCUAUAAUAUCAUCGGAGAGCUUAGAUGAAUUCAAGGAGUCCUCAUCAAAGUCAAGGGACAAACCAAAUACUAAUCAAGAUGUUCCUAAGCGGACAGAUUCUCCCCUUGGAAUGAAGUUUAAAUUGUCCAAAUCUGGAGGUGCAUCAAUCAUACAACCGGAAAAAGGUGAAGUUUUUGAAGCAUAUAAAGACAAAUCAGAAAGUAUGGUAGAAAUAACAAAGCGAGUUGAAUCUCCCAUCGGAAUGAAAAUCAAAUUACUGAAAACUGGAGAUGCGUCCAUAAUACACCCUGAGAAACAAGAAGUGAUUGAUCAUAAAGACUUCGUUAUAACAAAACAUAGAGCAAAAUCAGAGACCAGGGAAAUUCAUAAACGUACUGACUCUCCUCUUGGAAUGAGAAUCAAAUUAUCAAAAACUAAUGAGGCUGCUCUGCUAUUUUCCGAUGAAUUGAAAGAAUCGUUAUCUACGAAUACCGAAGGUUUUGAAAUUAGCCAUGAAGUUCAAAAACGCAACGAAUCUCCUAUCGGCAUGAAAAUCAAAUUAUCAAAAUCUGGUGAUGCUUCUAUAAUACACCCAGAAAAACAAGAAACUUUUGAUGAAACUACAGAUCCUACCUCAUCAAGUAGGGGUCAUUUUACAAUCUCUCAAGAAGGACCUAAACUGUCGGAAGCUUCCCUUGGAAUGAAGAUCAAACUUUCUAAAAGCGGAGAUGCCUCAAUAAUACAUUCAGAAUUUUCUCCCGAAUCCAAAGAUGCACCACUAAAACGCACAGAAAAAUUACAAACUUUCCAAGAUACAUCCAAAAGAAUCGAAUCUCCUCUUGGUAUGAAGAUAAAAUUAUCAAAAUCAGGCGAUGCAUCAAUAAUAGAACCUGAUAAAAGAGAGAAAUCUGCAAUGAAACAGAAAGAAAAAUUAACGAACGUACCAGAAUCUUCACAAAAGCGUAAGGAAAUGGAAUUUCCGAUAGAAAUGAAAAUCAAAUUGUCAAAGACAGGACAUCCUACUAUCAUUGCCAAUGAAAAGCAGGAUUCCUUGGGAGAAAUACAUUCUAAAAAUAAAGAUCAUACCGAAAGUAUCCAAUCCACAUAUCACAAAGGUGGCGAAGCAGUGUCUCCGACCAAAGAUUCACAAUUCAGAAUGUUUAAAACUGGUCACCCUACUAUUAUGUCUAGUAGUCGAUCUGAAGUGACGAUUGAACCGAUUCAAUUGGUUGCACAAAAAUCGGAGAGUGCAGUAGAUAUUUCACCCAAAUGUAAAGAUGUUUCGAUUGUGCCAGUUGAUUUAAAAAAAUCUAAACUCGAAGCUAAGUUGUCACAGAUCUUACCCGAUGUCACGAUUCAACCGGUCUCGUCUGGAGAACAAAAACCAAUGAUGCUCGACAGCAAAUCAAGUACUAUAAGCCAGCAACAAAUGAGCGUAAUCAAUCAAGAAAUCAGCAUCACUCAAGUUUCGCCUCCAAAACCUAGCGAUCUAUCAAUGAGUGGGAAAUUGAAAGAGAUUUUACGAAAGAAUGUAACGAAUUCUCCCGGUACUUCUGACUGUGAGAUAAUCGAACAUCGACCAGAAUUGAUAAUUGUCAAUGAAAAUUCUAAUUCAAGUCAAGACAUUAUGAUAAUAGAAGAGGUCAAGGUACCGGUACCAGAAAUUAAAAUUCCUAGAAAACGUGGAAGACCAAAAAGAUCAUCUCUACCACCUGGACAUCCAACAAUACGACAAGUAGCGCCCCAAGAUCCAUUGGCCUUGGAUGGUAUGCAACAACCGGGAGUUGGAAAGCCCAGAGAAAGCGACAGGCCAAAAAGGACUUGCAGAAACCAAAAAAGUUAUGCUCCACCAAAAAGGGGUCGUGGCAGAGGAAGGGGUAAACGAAAAAUGGACAGAAUUGAUAGCUCCAUUGAAAAAAUGCCACGUCUAGAGGAUCCACUUACUGCUAUUGAAAGGUCUACCAUGAGCUUGAUAGCUCCACUUCAACCCAAAACGUCGGGACAAUCAUCGGAACUAUAUAAAGCUUUGCAACAAAGUCCUACUGAUCGAAAGAGAUUGAUGUUAGAAACUAUGGACCAGCACGGGUUUCCUGAUACCUACAAAAAACUGAGACCCGAAUUUGAUGUGGACAAGCGAUCAACUUCAGAAUUAGCUACCGGAUCCAAGUUUACAGCACCACCCAUCUCUGAAUCAAAUGUAGCGUCAUUGAAUCCAAAAGCUGUGAUGCUGUCUGAAAUGUUACAACUUUCCGAGCCCUUAUCAACACAACAAAAUACAGGUGAAUCCAUUGAAGAACCAAAACCUCAGAAUCAAGGCAAUAAAGGGAUGAUUUCGGACGUGCCAAGUACUGAGCAUCAAAACUGGAUAACACCGUCUAUAAAACUUCCUGAAACAACUAGCAAGAGUGAAUCAAUGUUGUUGGUACAAGUGAUGGACGAAGAAACUCGAAUGAGCGCAGAGUCCAAUUCACGGUCCCAAACCCCAGCCCGCAAUAUGUCCAUACCUGUUGUAGAAACCGUAAUAAAUGAGGAAUCUCAAGGUAGUGUGUUGAGUACUGCUACUACAGAAUCUGAAAAGGUCAAAGUGAAGAAUCGGAGAAUGGAAAUUAACUUUGAUCCUGACGAAGGCCCAUUUACUGUCGACAAAAUUGCUGAGUAUGAAUGGCCACCUGAUAAAAAAGGAGACACUUUUAUGAUACAAGAACAAAUUUCACAGUAUUUAGGAGUAAAGUCUUUCAAAAGAAAGUACCCUGAUUUAAAGCGCAGAAUGGUGGAAAUGGAAGAAAGAAACUAUCUUAGAGAAAAUGGCCUAGUUAGCGAGGCUAUGUGUGAUAUGGGAUUGACAGCAAUUUGCAGUACAGAAGUGCUAGAUGUCAUGUGUAGUGAUUUUCCAGAUCAAUAUGAGGAAUAUCGUAAACAUAUGCGUGAAAAGCAAGCCAAAGAGCAUUCAAAAAAACAAAAAGAACUAACAGCUGCAGCAAAUGCCGAAAGAAAUCGUAUAGAUCUUGCAGAAAUGGCUGUACAAUCUGCAUUGUCUUGGAACGUGAACUUCAACAAAGCACGGAAAGAAUCAAGAAAGUAUAGUUUGGAUUUACAAAGUUUUACAAUUCACGUACCAAAAAAACAACAGAAAGUUGACGCGGAUCGCAAGGCUAGUAACUACCCUGUUGCAUUGAUACCCGGACAGUACACUGAUUAUUAUAGAGAAUAUACACCUGCUGAAUUGAGGUACUAUCCACUAAAUACUGUUCUAUACGGUCCUAUGCGACCCAAUGAACGUAAAUUUGAUAGUCAAUCCGAGGCAUCUCAAAGUGACAGCGAUAGCGAUUCAUCAUCUGAUGAUUCUAGUUCAUCAUCUAGCGAAGGGACGCAAGAUACCGAAGAGUCGCAAUCUACAGUAGAUGAAGUUGAAAUGGAAAUAGCAGCCCACAAGGAAGAGAACAAAAAUUUAAAAUGUAAAAUGUGUUUAAAACACUUGAACAAACAUGGAAAGUCCGAAGUACUAAUACAGUGUGGCACUUGUAACGGAAAUGUCCACCCAUCGUGUAUAGACUUAACGCUAGACAUGGUACCUCAUAUUCAAGGGUAUUCCUGGCAGUGCACAGACUGCAAAACAUGCGUUCAGUGUCACAAUCCUGCAGACGAAGAUAAAAUGCUAUUUUGUGACAUGUGCGAUAGAGGGUAUCAUAUCUAUUGCGUUGGACUAAGAAGAGUCCCCCAAGGACGAUGGCAUUGUCGAGAAUGUGCAGUUUGUGCCAGCUGUGGAUUGCGACAACCAGGAGGAGCAAAUUCGGAUAGAAACAGCGUUGCACAAUGGCAACAUGAAUACAAAAAAGGCGAAAGGAACACACGUGUAUAUGUUUCUACAUUAUGUGUUCCAUGUUCCAAGCUAUGGCGAAAAGGCCGUUACUGCCCACACUGUAGCCGCUGUCACAGCGCCCAACGUCUCGACCUGGAAGCAAAUCUAAUCCAUUGCGGCGCAUGUGACAAAUAUCUACACUUAGGCUGCGUGGAGAUUAGAAGCGGCACAUUAAACAGAAAAAAUUAUAUCUGUGAAUGCUGCAGUACACCUAAUCAACAACCAUCAAGGUCCUUUAUUUCGAAGACUUACAAGACAUAAAUUGAAGUUGUACCGAAAUAUGUUACGAUAAUAUUAGGUAUGUAAGAAAGACUGUUAACUUGUAAUUCAAUCAUUUUGUUAAGAUAUGAAAAUAACGUUCUGUAAUGACCAUUCCUAUAUCAGUGAAUUUUUCGUGCACUAAUGAUAUCCAACAACUUCUGAACAGAUAUUUUCCUUUAAAUUGUACCUUUGUUAUUGUACAGAAUACAUGAAAAAAAGUGUACAUAGAUUUUGAUAUUGUAUGAAAUUACAGUGGUGGGCUGCAAAAUGAGAAAAUUAGUUCUUAAGUCGUAAUACUUAUGCUGCUUGUAUCUUAUAUUUUAUAAUACUGACAAGAGUUGUGUUCAUGAUACAAUAUAUCAACAGUAGACUAAACUGCCAUUCCUCCAUGAAUACACAACCAUGAAACAUUUGUCAUUAUGACAGUAAAUUAUAUUAUUUUAUCAUGUUUUAUACAAAACACUAACACUCUUACGUUCGAAUUAUCUGUGAUGGAAUAUCCGUCAACAAUUUGUAUUUUUGACUCUGCAUCACAUGGUUUGAUGUAAUGAUUCCAUAGCUUCGUAUGUACUGGAAGAAUAAGUGCUUGCGGAUUCAUAUCUUACCUCACAUGUUUGUAUGAUGAAAGAUACUAUGGCUUUCCAAUUUGUCACACCUAUUCGUCUAUCUGAUUAAAAAUGUAAUAAACGAAUUCAAAUGAGA